UUUAGCUUUAAUGUAAUAUUUUUCUCUGUCCUCUUCUCCAUUUCUUUGGCCAAAUAUAUGUUAUAUCUCCACUUCCACUUACCUCUUUCCCUCUCUCCCUCUCUAUCAUUCACUUUUAAAAUCCACGUAAAAAUUCAAUCAGUCAAAAACCAAUAAAUAAAUCUUUCCCUUAACCUCCCCUCAUUUUUUCUCCCUUUCCCUCCUCUUCAUUUACAUAUUACGCAAACAUUUAUAUGUAAAAUUAUAAAAAAAUUUUAAAUGAAACUUUUUAUUUUAUUUUUUAUUUCUUUGUUUUUUAAAUUAAAUUUUCAAUUUUGUUUUGCCGAAAUUGAAAAAUAUGCUUUUGAGAGAAAAUUAAACAAUGAUAAAAGCCCAGACUUCCUUCUUCUCAAUAUUUUGACUCAUCCGGAACAUUUUAUUUUUCCUGAACAAAACUCAUUUUACAACAAAACAGAUUUAAUUUAUGCUGUUGGGGGGUUUGCAGAUUCUUCUAUUAAAUUUGAGGAUCUUCGAGAGCAAAUAAAAGAGCGUUGGGAACAAAUUGGGGGUGAACAAACAGAAAUUGUUACAUUAAUGAGUGGAAUAGAAAAAAUGUUUGAAAAAGCUAAAUUAGAAAUUACGGAGAAAUUACGUGCUACUUUACUCGUUUUAUAUUCUUUGGGAUGUAAAAUAUUAGAAGGAAAGAAAUCUGGCUACGAGGUGAUUUUCAAAACCGACAAAAUUUUUGCAUACGAUUUAAAUGAUAAUUUUAAAAAGGUUCUAAAAGUUUUAUCAGGCUUAAAUCCGGCCAAAGAUACCCCUUUAAAUGAAUUAGUUGAGAAUGCAGAAUUACUUGAUAAACUUGCUAGUAUUGGUUCUAAAGUUGAAAUUAAAUAUCCAAAAUUAAAUAAUGAACAUAUAAGUUUUGCUCUAAUGAUUGAUAAUGUGGGAGAUGCCGAGAAAAUGUCUGGGCAAAUAUUGACAGAAAUUAUUGAUAAAAUUAUGCAUGAAGUUAGUGGAAAUGAAGGUGGUUGGGGAUAUGUUAAAUCUGAAAAUGAUGAAAUAAUCAAAAUUAGUAAAGAAGAAUUAGUAAUUAAUGAAGAAAUAGGAAAGGAUGACAAAAAUAUUCUUGAUGAAAAUAAAGAAAAAAUGGUAAUUGAAGAUUCUAAAAGUGACAAUAUUUUGGUUAAAUUUUGGAAAUAUUUUAAAAAUGUUUUGACAAAAUUCAUACAUUUCUUUUUUUAACAAAAUAAAAAAAUGGAAUUUGAGAAAAAGAAAGGAAAGACUAAUGAGGGAAAGACAAUUUUUGAGUUUUUAUUUUUAUGAUU